AUGAUUUUCCCCGUAACUAAACUUGCCCUGCUCGCUGUUAUAUCAGGCGUCUGGGGGCAUGCCGUUGUGGAGGAUCCCCCUCCUCGCAAAACGGGUCCAGCUCACGAAGCCGCGUGCGGUUCAGCAGUCGUGGACGUCCUCGAGAGUGACAUUGCCGGCCCUAUAGAGAACGCUGUGCAGGAAACCGACGCCGACUACAAGUGCAAUGCCUUCCUUUGCAGAGGAUAUCAGUUCGAAGAUAAUACCGAUAAUGUCCAAGUUCUUAAGGCUGGCGAAGUUCUCUACUUCCACAUCAACUUGAUUGCCGGUCACCAUCCCGGUUAUGCUAACGUAUCGGUCGUUAACACGGCCACAAACGAGAUCAUCGGCGAGCCGCUCCGCUCAUGGGAUAACUGGCCAGACCAUCUCUCGGGCCCACCCCGUGACGAUAUUGACUACAACGUGACCAUUCCAGACUCUCUCGGUUCCACGUGUAGCCAGGCCGGCGAUUGCGUGAUACAGUGGUAUUGGUAUGCCAGCGGGAACAAGCAAACUUAUGAAAGUUGCCAUGACUUCUAUGUUGAGUCCUAA